UUCUAUAUCAAAUUUCUUUGAGUGUUCAGACAUUGAGGAAAAUGAACGGUGUGCGCAGCGAGAGACCUGCCGGCGCUCCGCCGCUGCAGCUGUUCAACUGCGCCCACGCGGACUGUGGAGCGACUUUCACCAGACAGUGGAGACUGAGGGAGCACGAGACGGUGCACACCGGGGCGCGCCCGUGUGUCUGCACAGUUGAUGGCUGUGGUCGUUGUUUCUCGAGAAAAUCUCACCUGAGCCGACACAUGCUUCAGCACGGAGGGGUGAAGCAAUUCCAAUGCAAAUUUGCGAGCUGCAAGCAGAGUUUCAUCCAUGCAGGCAAGCUGAAAAGACACGUGCGCUACGCCCACGGAGACAAAACCAAAUAUUUCAAGUGUGACCAGCCAAACUGCUUCUUGACCUUCAAAAAACGCAGACUGUUCAAACUGCACUUAAAGGAGCACGGAGCACCUGCCAAGUUCAAGUGUACAAAGGAUGGAUGUGCCUCCAUGUUUGACUCCCAUAUUGCACGCAAAGCCCAUGAGAAGAAGCAUGCAGGUUACCGCUGCCCUCAUCCUAACUGCCAGGUAUUUGAACGCACCUGGGGGAAACUUCAGAAGCACAAGGCCAAACAUCCAGCAAUGUUCACAUGCCAAGCGUGUAAGAAGGUGUUUAAGAAACUGGAUGCUCUGCGGAGGCACAAACGGAUCCACGCUUCCCAUAAGCCCGUGUUGGUUUGUCCCAGGGAUGACUGCCAGGCCUACUUCUCCACAACCUUUAACCUGCAGCACCACAUCCGCAAGGUGCACCUUGAGCUUCUCAAAUACAGAUGCUCCUUCCCUGACUGUACACGCACGUUUGCUAUGCGGGAGAGUAUGACCAGACACCUGCUUCGCCAUGACACAAGCGCCAGCACUCUGAAGAAACGUCAGCGGCCCAAGAAAUCCUGGCAGAAGCGUUUGGAUGGACAUCAUCUGCCCCUUGUGGAGGAAAACUUGCGUGCCCUCUUCGCUCUGCGCAUGCGCCUCUCCCACCGUGCCAAAGUGGAAACCAACCUCUCAGGCCUCUUCAAUGAACGCAAGAUCCCUCAUUAUGUUGACCCAGAAGUCAACCUGCGCAAUCUGUUUGGUAUCAAAAAGCCUUGUCCUUUGGAGGAGAAGCCUGAGGUCGCACCGCUAAAAGGUUGAAUAAAAUCUAUCCAGACUA